UAGAAGGCCAUCACGAUCAGAUCGUUACUGGCAUUUUUCGCCCAAAAUCGGGAUCAUGAUGACAUCGUAUUUGGCACUAAAAGGGUUAAUCCCUGGCCAGCUGGCCCUUAGGUACAUGUCUGCAUUACUUGUACACAAUGAAAUCCACUUCCGCACACUACUGCAGCACGCUGAUAGAGGAGCCAAUGAAAGGCGAUGCAGCCCAUUGGUACAGGGGAGUAUUUUGCGGAGAGUUCAUCGGCAGUUCGUGUCGGGAGUUCUGGUUGCGAGUUCGGGUCUUCCAGUCAGUCAAAUGUGUGCCGGGAGGCAUUACUUCUCACCACGCACAACGGAAUGGCCGACGGCCUUCACUUUACAACCGAGAUCAGCGGCAUUUUCGUAGAGUUGUCAGGGGCAGAGAAGAGAAGAAGAUCCUGAAACACAGUGACACAAUGUUUAAACUAAAGACAUUUACAAGCAAAAAAUACACCAUAACUGAUGAAGAAAGGGCAGCCAGGUCGGAAAGGAUGAAGAAGUUUUGGGAGCAGAAGAGAAGAGCCAAAUCUACAACUAGUAUUAAGACUUAAAUGUAUAUGGAUUGAAUAAAGUGCUCCAAUGUGGGCGUAAAAUCUUAUUGUUCUCAGUGCUUCUCAUCGAAUGAUUUUCUUCUGCAAUGUGGGCUGCAAAUGUAGAUUUAUUCAAGUUUCGAAGCCUUAAGGCAUUAAGGUGUUCUUUGAACCUAAUUUUGGAACUUCUGCCUGUCUGACCACCUUAAUGUUUUCUUUGAGCCUAAUCUUAGAACUUCUGCCUGUCAGACCAACUUGAUGCCUUAUGACUUGGAAACUUGAAAUCAACGUUAGCAGCCCACAUUGUAGAAGAAAAUCAUUCAGUGAGAAACAAUGAAAACAACAUGAAAAUAUUACAUUUGGCAGGAAAAUGAGCCGCUAUGAAUCUGUAAGCAGAAAUACAAACACACACACACACACACUAAUACACUAUCCCUGAUCAUAUCCUUAACGAGCAGAAUGCAUUGGCUAACUUUCGUUUCCUGAAAACUUCCAGAAAGUGCUUUCCAUGCUCCAAUAUAAGUAAUGUUUGUGCAUCUACCUGCACAUCAAGUAGCUAAUCUUGUACUAUUGUGUGUACCUACAAUAGUCAGUAUUUUUCAUGGCACUAAAUACUUAUAAAUUUUAAAGUAUUAUCAUCGUCAAUGUUCAAAUAGCAUGUAAAGAC